UUCUGAAGUCACAUCUCAAAAUGAGUUUCGCAGACAAAGUAGUGUUGGUGACGGGAGGCAGCUCCGGCAUCGGCGCCGCUGCGGCCGUGCUGUUCGCUAAGGAGGGGGCGGCUGUGGCGGUGGUGGGCCGCAACCGAGCCAAGCUGGACAGCGUGGCGCAGCGCUGCCGAGAGCUGGGCGCACGCACGCUCCUCAUCACCGCCGACAUCGCCAACGACCAGGAGGCCAGCACCAUCGUGCAGAAAACUAUCGAUGAGUUCGGAAAACUAGAUGUUCUCAUCAACAAUGCUGGUAUUUACUUAGAAGGAGAUGGCUUGCUCAACGGCAAAAUAAUGGAGUCCUACGACAAAAUUAUGAACACCAACCUGCGCGCGGUUGUGAAUAUCACCAACCUAGCUGUGCCGCAUCUUGUGAUAUCAAAAGGCAAUAUUAUUAACAUUUCCAGUACGUCGGGAAGCAAACCCAGUUCUUUGGCUCUUUCGUAUUGCGUCUCCAAAGCUGGCUUAGAUCAGUUUUCUAGAGUAGCAGCCCUUGAACUAGCUCCGUCCGGAGUCAGAGUGAACAUUGUCAGUCCAGGACCAGUUAUCACUGAUAUUUUGGACAAUGCUGGCAUUACUGAUAAUUUGUUUGAAGAUUGGAGACUGAUGACGGCUCUGAAAAGAGUAGCAGCGCCGGAGGAAAUCGGUGAUAUGCUGGUAUUCCUCGCGAGUGAUAAGGCUAAGAGCAUCACGGGGGCUAACUUUUUUAUUGAUAAUGGAGAAUUAUUGUUGUAACAAUGUUGCUAAAUUAUAAAAUCGCGUUAUUUAGUUUUGUUUGUUGCCAUGUUAGCCUGGCCUUUCCUUAUAUUUAUAUUAUGUUAACCGUUACAUUAUCAUACUAUUUGUGUUAUGUUGUUAUCUGUGAUAAGAUUAUGUUGCCAUGUCGUGUGAUGUAACGGCAUAAUUCUUUUAAUGACACACCAGACGCCAACAAACUUGAUUUUCAGGCACAGUGCAGCUGAUUAUUAACAUUAUUUUUGCAUUGCAAACAUGCUGUCGUAUUUUAUGCAUGGCAAAAUAUCCAUAAUAUUGCUAGUAUUACACGAUACUAAAGCAAGUGAGUUAUAUUAUCUGAACUCAUAUAGAUAAACCAUGCCAAGCUGGACAGCGUGGCGCAGCGCUGCCAAGAGCUGGGCGUGCGUGCGCUCCUCAUCACCGCCGACAUCGCCGUUUAUUUUUUCUAAAGUCAUAGCUUUAGAACUGGCGUCAUCUGGAGUGAGAGUAAA